UUCUUUUUUAUUUCAUUCAUCUACUCCCUCUCUUCAUCUCUCUCUCUCUCUCUUUCUCCUAUUCAUAACUUCACUCCUCCCUGUUCAGAUUUUCUGAUCAUCUGGUUCAGGAUUCAGCACGCUUCCAAUGGAGAACAACAACCAAUCCUUCUGGCAGUUCAGCGACCAGCUGAGGGUGCAGACGUCCAAUCUGGCCAAUCUCUCGGUCAACGAUUCCAUCUGGAGCAACUCAUACGGCAGCAAGAGGCCUGAUGCGAGGAGGAACUUCGACAUCAAGGUCGGCGGUGAGGUGAACUCUCUGAUGAAUUUGACCCCGAAAGGGUCUGAUUUCAACGGGUUCAACGAUGGCUUGGAUUACAAGCAGAAAGGGUCCGAUCCGAAUGAGGGCUGGAACAGCUUCAAGCCUAAAGCUUCUGAACUCAACGUGGUCAGCGACAGGUGGAACUCUUUCAAGCCGAAAGUUUCCGAGUUUAACUCUUUCAAUCCUAAAGUUUCAGACUUCAAUUCUUUCAACUCCAAAGUUUCGGACUUCAACGGGUUUAACCAGAAGGCCCCGGACUUUAAUGGGUUUAAUCAGAAAGUCCCGGAUUUCAAUGGGUUCAAUCAGAAGGUUCCGGACUUUAAUGGGUGCAAUGAAGGGUGGAAGCUUGGGUCUUCUGCUAAUGGAGGCAUCAAUGGAGGGUUUAACAAGGGGAUUUACUCCAAGCCUGUUGUUCACAACAAUAAUAUUAACCUGAAGGCCUACAAGAACCAGGGUGAGGAAUUUGAUCUUGGAGUUAAAGCUGGGAAGAAGAACAACAAUAGCAACAAGAAGAAAAAUGGUGAUGACAACAACAAGGAUGUCAAGGGUGACAAGAAGUUUAAGACGCUUCCACCGUCUGAGUCUCUCCCCAGAAAUGAAACCAUUGGUGGUUACAUCUUCGUCUGCAACAAUGACACCAUGCAAGAGAAUCUCAAGAGGGAGCUCUUUGGUUUGCCUCCACGUUACCGUGACUCAGUUCGUGCCAUCACUCCAGGGUUGCCCCUUUUCCUUUACAACUACUCGACUCACCAACUCCAUGGAAUUUUUGAGGCUGCAAGCUUUGGAGGAACCAACUUUGAUCCAUCUGCUUGGGAAGACAAGAAAUGCCCUGGUGAAUCGCGCUUCCCUGCUCAGGUGAAAGUUUUAACAAGGAAGGUCUGUGAACCACUGGAGGAGGAUUCCUUCAGGCCAAUUCUUCAUCACUACGAUGGCCCUAAAUUUCGUCUUGAGCUCAGCGUGCCAGAGGCUCUCUCUCUGUUGGACAAAUUUGCAGACCAAGAUGAUAUAUUUGUAACCGAAACCCCUUGAACAAGAACAGAAUAUGGGGGGCGGGGGCGGGGGCCGGGGGCGUACAGAGGACACAUACAAAAUAUUCAAGAAAGAGUGAAAACAGAGUAGUGAGUAGUAGUAAUAACUAGUAUGUUUGCCAUGAUCAAUAUGUUGAGCCAAGACUCAUGAGGAUGGUGAUGAAAGUACACAAUGUAAUAUAGUAUUGUAUGUUUAAGCAACUUUAAGUUUUAAGUGAUCAGAAGCAAAUAUAUGUUUAUGGGAUGUAAUAACAAUAUCUAUCCACCCAACAUGUUUCC